AAGUAAUACAGCCCUCUACUUCCUACAAGAGCACAGCAAUCAACGCACAAUGGCUGAAUCAACUUCUGCCAAAGCAACCUCUUCCUCAGACUCGACUAAGAAGUCUUCCUCUCCACCGCCCACGAAUACAGAAUCAACCAAACCAGUGAAAAAGUCUUGGCGCGACAAGUUCCGGCCGCAAACUGAAGAGCACGGCAAGGACAGAUCGCACGAUGCGAGCUUGAGCGACAAGGAUAGAUGGAAGGACUGGCAGAAGGCGAAGGACAAGGAGCAGGCGAAAGGUUCAACUGCUGGAUUCUUUACGCAGCAAUACAAGAAUAAGGGGAGCUGGGGGUAUUGGCUGGAUCUGGGGUGGUAAUGGAGUGGGACAAAGAAGCAGGAAGUCAAUCGCCUCUCAAGGCUGGCGUUUAGGGUUAUAUUUCCUCUUAAAGCUGGUGUUUAGGAUUAUGGUUCUUCCAAGGCUGGAGUUUGAGGAUAUGUCUGCUCUCAAAGGGAGGAGUUUAGGGAUACGUUUUUCAUUAUUGCAACAUAUCAUGUUACUGCUCCGGUCCCCAAAAAGCACAGG